AUGAGCAAAGCUUAUUUAGCUGUGAAGAAUUUCAAGUGGUCUGAGAUGGUUAACUUGCUUGCCUAUGGAGAGAAGCAUCCUGACACUCUCUCUUAAACUCAAAGAAUUACCAGAUUAUAUAGAGCGACCAUCAGGAGACAUUACACUUCCCAAUUAGAGAAUUUCAAAGGCGAUCAGAUUAGAUUCUAUAACGAGAUGCAAGUGGCCCAAAAAGAUUUUAAUAGAUUAUAGGAAUUGAAUAAUAAUUAUGCAAAUUUAAAUCAAGAAUAGAAAGUAGAAUUUUCUAAAUUGGAAAAUAAAUGGGUCAGUUGGUUAGAGACUAACUACGAUGCGUUUUUAUACAUCGAUGAAUGUAGACCAUAUUCAAGCACUUCAACCAGAUAUAUUGUUUAUUCAGAUAAACAAUUGAGUUUUGAUCCUCUGGGCUUUUAUAAAUAAAGACCAGUCCAUGAUGGAAAAUUUGAUCCACACUUGCCUUAUUUCAGAGAUUAUCCUUACAACGAAUCAUGGUGGAACAUGAACGAAUCAUUCCCAGCAGAUUUUGAUGAUACACCCUAACAAAAAGAGUGAUUUAUUAAAUUCAAAAUAUCAAAAAACAAUAUACAAAAUAUGCUGCAAA